AUGAGUCAGUGGCAGGUGGAACCAUUUUCGUCGACUUGUGAGUGGAAGGGGAAUUACUGGUCAUCGCGUCCAGACGGAAAUGGGGAAUGUACUCCUUGCUCCUCAUGUCCAGCUGGCGAAUUUAUGCGUGGCCGAUGUACAAAGACAGUCAAUACCAGAUGUGCAAAAUGCAGACACGGAUACUUUUCACUCGGUGGAUUCAAAAAGAAAUGUACAAAAUGUCGCAAAACGGUUUGUAAGCCGGGGUAUAGAUACAUACGAUGUAGACGAUAUCGCAAUGCUGGCUGUGUACCAUGUAAGAAAAACUACUUCUACGUUGAAGAGACAGGUCAAUGCAAGCGUUGUAACAUAUGCAAACCUGGGUACUACGUUAGUAGCAUGUGCGGCUUAUAUAAUGAUACCGUGUGUAAACCGUGUCCAGAAGGCACGUUCUUAGAGAGUUCUAGUUUGCAGCUGUACUGUAGGGCAUGUCGGUUCUGUCGUAUCGGUGAACAGACCAUCAGGCCAUGUACAGCAGACCACAACACAGAAUGUGGAAAUUGUUCUCCAGGUUACUUCCGACGCCAGUCAUCUCACGAAUGUGAUAGGUGCUCUCUGUGUUAUAGAGAAUACCCAGGACACACCAUAGAGGUCGAUGAGUGCCGAACAAAACAAAACGACAGUGAUACUAUUUGUAUGCCAGUCCCCUUUCCUCCCUACGGAUAUUUUAAUGACGAUGAAUACGAUUAUGAAGUGGAAAUGCCCGUUGGUACGUCUGCUAUCGAUGACAUAUCAAUGGCAGUUGGUGUCAUGACUGGGGUAAUUGUUGUGGUGCUCAUUGGAUUAGGCUUUUCGCUCGUUUUAUUCUACCUCUGGAAACGCCGAUGUAGAAAAGAGAAGGAGGCUAGCAAACCUUUACAAAUGAGCCCAAGAGAUAAAGUACAGCAAUGGAUAUCCAAACAGGAUAGUGAGGAGUUUUUCACAAAGAAUAUAAAUAAUAGUGAACCAGCCAUAUGGACUACAAGCAUAGGUAUACUUAAACGAAAUUCCUAUCCAUCAGUGUUAUCAGUAGAAACAGACCUAGAGUCGAGACAUAUUUUACGACCAUUGAAACAUGCCAGUUCUGGAAAUGAGGAACAAGAAGAGUUUAACAUGAUUUCCGUCUCAGGGGAUGACCUGCCGUCUGCAGAUAUAAACGGAAUGGCUUCGGACCUGCUUUGUGACCAUGCAGAUGUAAAUAAAACAACAAGGCUAGAAAGAGGAUCUGAACGUAUAGGAGGAAUUUAUACCAUCGAACAUCAUCGAACCAAUGACGUUGUGGAGGAAUCCGAAACUGCUGAUAGCAAACUUAACGAAGCUAAAGAUAUGAAAUUCUCAGCUGUUCACGAUUCUUCCGCGAUACCUAAAUCGACAACAGUUAUUGCAAACAUUAGUGCUGCUACAGGCGACUUUUUAUAUGGCAAAGAGAGAAAACCAUUACUUACGGAAACAGAACAUAGUAAUAAGGACGUCGGUGUUACAUCGAACAAACGUACAGCUGAUUUGAUACAAUGUGAGCUUAAGUCUGUGAGAGGUGAUACUUCGGUCCCAUUACCACAGGCGACUGUUGUUCAAACUUCCUUACCACGGAAUGGUAGAUCAUUAGAAUGUCACACCCAUAAGAACCUUAUUGGUCUAGAGAGUGAAUAUGAGGGUUCAUCAAUAGUAUAUUCAAGAAAUCAAAAUGCUGCGAAGGCAAAAAGGUGUAACGAGGAGAGUAUAACGUACGAAAGAGGUCAAGAACGCAAAUGGCAUUCCUUGGAUUCGGCUCUUUAUGGAAGUUUUACUGCUCAUCCUCCUGGACAUAUUGUUCAGUCGUCGGUAGUGUCCAAAGCUUUAUCGAUUUCUGAACAUAACAUAAAGUUGUACCAAGAAAAGUGUUCCUGUCCGGACGGUUAUACUGAACACACAAGAGACGAAAAGUCUUGUCAUAGAUAUAAAAAUUGUUGCCUUAUGUCUUCCCUGUAA